UUCAGUCGGUCCUCGACCGUGAUGUUGUCCGGAUCGGUCGUUGAGUUUACCUUUUCUUUCUUGCUUUCUUUUCUUCUUUUUUCCUUCCUUCCUUCUUUUCUUAUAGUUUAAGAUACACAGAAUCCUAUGAUUUCUUCAAAGAAUUUCUAAUUUUCCGUUAAUUCAAAUGAAAUAAAACAAUGAUGUGACUAUAAACGUACGUAGGAGUGGUGACGUCAAUAAAAUUUCUCUGGCUUUUCCAUAUUCGUAAUAAGUUGUGUAAUUACAUUUAAAAAAAGAGUUAAACAAAGAAAUAAAAUUACAAAAGGAAAGAAAUAUUAUCCCGAAUAAUAAGCCGUCAAAGUGAACAAAUUAUUUCGAAUGACCGAAAUUUCCAUAUAAUUUUCAUCGUUAUUGACAAAACAACAACCAACAAUGAUCAGUUGGAUACUCGGUCUUAUCGCAGUGCUCAGUUAUUCAGCGAUAUGUAACUGCGAGCUUAGCAAUAAAUUGAAAAUCAUCUAUUCGUGGAAAUCAUUGGAGUUUGCAUUUCCGAGCCAACGUGCGAGAGAGAUAGCGAUAAAACAGGGCACUUUCAUACCAGGGGCACCAAUACCUAUAGAUGUGGACUUUUAUUACGGAGAGAAACAUGCAUCGAUCGUUUUUGUGACGAUACCAAGAUUUAUAAAAGGAGUACCAGUGACCUUUGGUUAUGUUACCGACAACGUCACACCAGAGGGAAAUCCAAUAAUUGCACCAUAUCCUAACUGGGAGUCGAAUAAAGAGGGCGAUUGCAAUGCUAUCACUAGCGUUUUCAGAGUGGCGAUUGAUAAAUGCCACAGAUUAUGGAUACUCGAUACAGGCAAAGUUGGUGAUAGACAAAUUUGUCGACCUCAGUUGCACGUAUUUUCCUUGAUAAAUAACAGACUAAUUCAUCAAUACAAAUUUCCACGUGAUCAAUUUAAAGAUACUUCCCUUUUCAUCACACCAGUUGUGGAUAUUCGUAAUACCGAAGAUAAAUGUCAUGAUACUUUUGUUUACAUCGCUGAUGUGAAUGGCUUUGGCUUAUUAGUUUACGAUCAUCGUCAUGAUAGAUCUUGGAGAAUCGAAAAUAAACUUUUCUAUCCUUAUCCACAAUAUGGGACUUUUAACAUUAAUGGUGAUACCUUCGAUCUUAUGGAUGGCAUAUUCGGUUUAGCUUUGAGUCCCACAAGACCAGAUGGUGACAAAAUACUUUAUUUCCAUUCUUUGGCCAGCAAAGUCGAAUCUUCGGUAGCGACAUCAAUCAUCAGAAAUUACUCUAUUUUCGCUCACGAUUCUGAGGCAACACCGGGAUCUUUCGUACCAUUUGAAAUAGAAAGAUCGUCACAAUCAGCAGCCCAAGCUAUGAAUGAAGAUGGUGUUCUUUUCUUUGGUCUUUUGUCAGAGUUGUCGCUUGCUUGUUGGAAUAGUAAAACUUAUCCUGAAUAUGGUGAAAAUAAUAUCGAGAAUCUUCUAGUUGAUCAAACAAAUCUACAAUUUCCUUCUGGUUUGAAGUUGAGAUAUUCGAACAAAAAUCGAGAAGAAAUCUGGUUGUUGACGUCAUCAUUCCAAAGAUUCAUGACAGGAACAUUAAAUUCGAACGAGACUAAUUUUCGUAUACUAGCUGGUUUCGUUGACGAAAUAGUUCGAGGUACUAAAUGUAAUUCGAUUAAACACGAAAAUGGGCCAAUAACAUUUCCAAUAUGAAAAUUAUGGCACCGCGAGAAUCACAGACUAUUUCAUCGUCAGUGGUCGUCCCAUUAUCUAUGGUCAACUCAUACAACAUUACCAAUUACAUCAAAAGUGAUUUUUAAUAAUCCAUCAGCGGGAUAUAGUUUCUUUAGGAAUCUAAAGUAAAUUCGAUUUGAAUAAAAUCGAAAAUAUUGUUUUGCUUUUUUAUUAUGAACCAACUCGCGGUGCUGCUUCGUUUUAUAUUUAAUUUAGUUUUAACAACUCACGAAUGUUGUUCAAAACGUUUGUGUACAUAUACAUAUAAUUUUUAUUUAUUUUAUGCAUUAUAUAUAUUUGUUGUAUAUACAUAUGUACUAUAGUAGUCAAAGUGCCAAAAAAUUCUAUCGACCUCGUUUAAAAUAAAAAUUAAAAGUUUAAGAA